CCCCCUGGGCUCUUGGCGUUCGCGGGGCAUUGUGGGCAUUGCAGUCCGCAGCCGUCGGGAUCCAGCGCACAGCAGCGGCGUCGGCUCUAGCGGCAACAUGAAGAGAAUAAACAGCAGCCUUUCCAGUGAUGACCUUAUCCUGGAGGACUUGGAAACAGAAGGAGAGAGGCAGCUGAGGAGCCUCCUUCACCAUCAGCUUGAUACUUCGGUUUCUGUUGAGGAGUGUGUAUCCAAGAAACAAUGCUUUGCCCCCGCUGCAGUGUACAAGCCCUUUGGGGAGGAGGCAGCUGGGGCUUUGAGCUUGUCCCAGUUUCAAGCACUACAGAAGACUGAUCAGGAAAUUGCAUCUCUGAGGGACUUGGGGCUUAACGAUAGAGAGAUUGUGCUGUGGAAGAAUCGGGCUUCAUCUGAGAGGGGUUCAGGGCUGGGAGCAGCUCCUGAAGCAACACAGGAUCGUCUUCGAGAUAUCGAAGAGAAGAUCUCAGAACAUCAGCGCAUUCUGGCCUUGCCACAGAGGUUUGCAGGGAGUAAACAACUGAGCCGGCGAGAGAUGGAAAUAGAAAAGGCUUUGUUUCAAGGGAACGAUCGCCAUUCCUUCCUGAGGGCUCUCUAUUACCAAGGUGAAUCCCAUAAGAGACUAGAGGCUGAGAAAGACCCCAUUAAUAAUCUGGAGACUGUUUACCAAGAGAUGAUGGCCAAACCACAUCCUGAAGAGGCUCAGCUUAUGAGAGGUGAACCCUUUGCUUCCCCCUCAUUGGACCCAGAUGCAUUAGUGGACACUAGUGUCACAGCUAAGAACCUGUCAGUACUUCAGGAUCAGGGAAACCAGGCAGCACAGGCUGAGGGUCCUAGCCUCCAUGUGGUGAAAGCUAUUGAAUCUGAGUCCCAGCAAUGUCUUACUGGGCCCAAGAAGGUGACAGAACUAGUGGAGUUUGUCCCAGAAGAUGAGAUCAAGAGAAAUCGUCUGUCAGAGGAGGACAUCCGAAAAAUCCCCAUGUUUGCUUCCUACAGUCCUGGAGAGCCGAACAAGGUACUGUAUUUGAAGAACCUCAGUCCUCGGGUGACUGAGAAGGAACUUGUCUCCUUGUUUGCCCGGUUCCAGGAGAAAAAAGGACCCCCGAUUCAAUUCCGAAUGUUGACUGGCCGCAUGAAGGGCCAGGCCUUCAUCACCUUCCCCAAUUUGGAGAUGGCCCAGCAGGCAUUGCUGCUGGUGAAUGGGUACAACCUCCUGGGGAAAACCCUGGUGAUAGAGUUUGGAAAAAACAAGACGCAGCUGUCGGGGCUUCAGUCAGCCUCUCCCAUCCCGUGUGCGGCAGAUAGCACGACAGAACGUGAUGGGAGCUAAAAGAGAAAUGGACCAGGGUCCUUACGUGUUCUCGCUUGUAUUUGCAACUCACUUCUAGGGUCUGUAUAUAAAGAACCAUCUCAUAGGAGAGAGUGAUUAGAAAGCACCUAAGACAGUCCUUUUCAAGUGUUCAUUAUGGGUAACUUUUGGAAACAUUUCCCUCAAUGAGAGACCAUGUGGGCUAGAGGAGACACUGAGAAUAAAGUUUGCCCUCCUUCUCCCCCUCCCCAGGGUAAGAUCGCCUUGUUAUCAAGUUGUUUCCGUUUGGUCUUCGUAGAUUGCCUGCUACCUUCCAGAGGCUGACCAAACUUCCCAGCCUGUCUCCUGUUAGCCACAGGGGAAGGGCAUGGGUCUCGCUCAGCCCCACCUCCUCUAAGUCCCCCCUCCCCCCAAAGCAGGAGAGCUACCAGCUCCAAAGUGUAUUUAAUUUGUAUAUCUCAUCUCCCCAGCUAAACCAUAUGCACCUUGAGGGCAGGGACCAUGUGUUAUGUUUCUGUGUCUCCCUCUUUUGUGCCUAGCACAGUGCCCUGUACAUAGUAGAUUUGUGGGUGAUGGGAUUGAUUCCAUAACAACCUAAGAGGCCCUUAGAGCAUCACCCCCUUUGAAGGCCUAUACCCUUUGGGACCCUGGCCCCCACAAGCAGCUUUCUCCCUUAGCUUUGCCCAGUGGCUUGGCUCCCUCUUAAGUUUGCCAAGCCUGCUCUGAGGGAGUUGGCUGAAGAUACAGAUGCCCAGGGCGGACUUGCAACUUCUUUGCUACCCUGCUGGCCUGGACACAAUUCCCCCACGUGCCAUCCUUAUUUUCAGACUAGAAUAACACCUUUCCAUGGGGCAGGCCUUCUUCCAGUCUGCAUUCAAACAGGUUGCCUCCUUUGCUUAUAAUGCAUUCCGCAUCCAGGGCCCGGACUAGCAGUUCUGGUGUCCAUGAUCAGAUUGUAUCCCUUAGUCCCUCGUCCAGGGCAAGAUUAGCUCCCCCAAAAGCAAAAGCAGAUUCCAAACCAGCCCUUGGGAACUGAGGGGAGGGCAAGAGUAGUGUUGGUGGCUAUGGCCAGUCCAGAGAGCUCUAGGACAACAAGCAGCGAGACGAUCCUGCCCCUAGUCUCCCAGUCAAUUUCUUGUGGGACCCAUCUUUUCCCGAGAUCCCACUCGCUCUGUCCUCCCACUAGAACACUUGUCCACCUAGAUGAACUAGCCAUUCCUCCAGGACCAAACAGUCUAUCCCACUCCCCCCGCCCCCCAACAACCCUAAUCCAAGGAUUUCUUCCUCUCUCAGUGUCCUGGGAACAGCCAAUCAGGAGCCAAAAUUCAAAGCACCCUGGGGAAGGUGGGAAAAGGGAAUUUGUGGCCAAGAGAAUAUGGGAAGCCAGGAAAGUUUUCACAAAUGAUGGGCACAGACAAGACUCAUCAAACCAUGGCUAUGUGUAUACUAUUUUGUGAUGUACCAACACAACUGUACUGUGUCGUGGGCAGAUACCUGUUUGUGUAUUAGGCUUGGUACAUUAUGUGAAUGUGUGUCCAUGAGUGUUUGUAUAUCUGUGGAGAGGUGGUAGGGGGUGUGUUUUUGGUUUCUUUUGUUCCCCAACCGGGAUGCAAGGGCCCCUGCUCGCUUUUCUCCCGGAAGUGUCUGUGAUUUAGCGGGUACUCUUCCAUGUCCAGGGGGCCCCUUCCUGGAAGGGUGCUUUCUAGUGUUUCCCCAUUUUUGUGUUCAGAGAGCAGCCCUCAGCUAGUUACUCCUCUCUUCCCUCCUCCAACUGUCUCAGAAAUGUCCUGUGUGUCACAGAUAUUAGAACAUAUUAGAGAAAUAGGGAUAUGUAGAGAAACAGUUUGCUUGAAACUUAGUUACAACAAACAAAUACAGUUUAAACGAUCAGUAGUUGGGUCCAGCAAUCAGAGCGGCCCCAUCACAGCGAGCAAGAGGUUGUUACCUUUGUAUUGGGCUUCUGUUCUCUGACAAGCUUAAGGAGAUGUGACUAGACAGCAGUUCAUGUGAAAAAGAUCUUGAACGGAUUAGUUCAGUGAGUGACCAAUGGUGACUUCAGAGGCCUGACAGUGAAGUACACCUCCAACCUCUCUGCAGGGAGGUGGUGGCCUCUAGGUGUGGAAUGAGGCAUACACUUGCAGAUGUGGCCAAUAUGUUGAUUUGUUUUGCUUGACUGUACUUAUUUGUUACAAGGGAAGGUUCCAUUGUGGGGCGUGGGUGGGGGGAGUCAUUGAGAAGUGACAACGAUGUUAAAAAAAAUAAAGAGCUUCAAUAAAGCAUUUAAAAAGGAAAAAAAAAAA